GGCCGGGCCAGGUCGAGCUAGGGGGCGGAGAUGGGGAGUCGGGCGAGCGGAGCCGAUCUCCGAUCGGCCAGACGAGGCAUUAACUCGAGUGGAGCCGCGGGCCUCGUCGUCGCCUUUCCUCUGCCGGAUCAGCAGCAGACCCAGCACCCAGGGGCGAACACUGAAAACAGUAUGGCCGAACAAGUAGCCCUGAGCCGGACUCAGGUGUGUGGGAUUCUCCGGGAAGAACUAUACCAGGGUGAUUCCUUCCACCAGUCGGACACACACAUAUUCAUCAUUAUGGGAGCCUCGGGUGACUUAGCAAAGAAAAAAAUCUACCCUACAAUCUGGUGGCUAUUCAGGGAUGGGCUCCUCCCUGAAGACACCUUCAUCGUGGGCUAUGCCCGUUCCAAUCUCAGUGUGGCCGACAUCCGGAAGCAGAGUGAGCCCUAUUUGAAGGCCACUCCAGAAGAGAAGCAGAAGUUAGAAGAGUUCUUCUCUCGAAAUUCCUACGUGGCAGGCCAGUAUGAUGAGCCGGCCUCUUUUCAGCGGCUCAAUGCCCACAUGAAUGCUCUGCAUCAUGGGCCGCAGGCCAAUCGUCUCUUCUACUUAGCCUUGCCACCCACUGUCUACGAAGCCGUCACUAAAAACAUCAAAGAGACGUGCAUGAGCCAGGUAGGCUGGAACCGGGUCAUUGUGGAGAAGCCUUUUGGAAAGGAUCUGCAGAGCUCUGACAAGCUGUCAAAUCACAUUUCCUCACUCUUCCAUGAGGACCAGAUCUACCGGAUUGAUCACUACCUGGGCAAGGAAAUGGUGCAGAACCUCAUGGUGCUACGAUUUGGUAAUAGGAUCUUUGGACCAAUCUGGAACCGAGACAACAUUGCCUGUGUGAUCCUCACCUUCAAGGAGCCUUUCGGCACUCUGGGCCGCGGGGGUUAUUUUGACGAGUUUGGGAUCAUUCGAGAUGUGAUGCAGAACCACCUCUUGCAGAUGCUCUGCCUAGUGGCCAUGGAAAAGCCAGCCUCCACCAAUUCUGAUGACGUCCGCGAUGAAAAGGUGAAGGUCCUGAAGUGUAUCUCAGAGGUGAGAACGACUGAUGUGGUCUUGGGCCAGUAUGUGGGGAACCCAGAUGGCAAAGGGGAAGCCACCAAAGGCUAUCUGGACGACCCCACGGUGCCCCAGGGCUCCACCACUGCCACCUUUGCUGCUGUGGUCCUCUAUGUGGAAAAUGAAAGAUGGGAUGGUGUCCCCUUUAUCCUCCGAUGUGGAAAGGCCCUGAAUGAACGCAAAGCAGAGGUGCGGCUUCAGUUCCGGGAUGUGGCUGGUGACAUCUUCCAGCGCCAGUGUAAGCGGAAUGAGUUGGUGAUCCGUGUGCAGCCCAAUGAGGCUGUCUACACCAAGAUGAUGACCAAGAAGCCAGGGAUGUUCUUCAACCCUGAAGAGUCGGAGCUGGACCUGACCUAUGGCAACAGAUACAAAGAUGUGAAAUUGCCUGAUGCUUAUGAGCGCCUCAUCCUGGAUGUCUUCUGUGGGAGCCAGAUGCAUUUUGUGCGCAGUGAUGAGCUUCGGGAAGCCUGGAGGAUCUUCACCCCACUGCUGCACCACAUCGAGAGGGAGAAGACCCAGCCCAUCGCCUAUGUCUAUGGCAGCCGAGGCCCUCCCGAAGCAGAUGAGCUGAUGAAGAAAGUAGGCUUCCAGUACGAGGGUACCUACAAGUGGGUAAACCCCCACAAGCUCUGAGGCUGCUCUGCCUCACUUCCCAUGGCCAACCUCCCCAUCCCCCAUGCUCAUCAUCUCCCUUUGGGUCUGUCUGUCCUCUCUUUCACUCUGCCCUAUUCGUGUUCUCUUGGGACCAGGAUCCCGGCCCUGGGGGAAAGGGAAGGCCCUGCGGCAAGAUCCCCAGGCCCCCAGCCCUGUUUACAGCUGUGCUGGAUCUGCCAUCUGGCAGCCACCACACACGCUUCCACCGACAUUCCACUAGCAGCCACUGGAGGUGGCCUUUGGUCCCCUUCAGGACUGCAGCUUAAUGAAUACAGAGAAUUACCAGAUGACCAGAA